CAAGCGUCCUCCGGUUAACGAGUCUCCGAAACGUCAUGUAAAAUUGUUCUAGAAAGGAUUUGUAUCCUUUCUUUUAAAUCAAUUGUCAACUGACUAACUAGCAUUAUAUUUAGAAAUAUUAUUGGAAACAAAAUUAUUUUUAAUUGGACGAAACAUGGCUGGAUCUGCUCUUCGUCGACUUAUGGCUGAAUACAAACAACUGACUUUGAAUCCGCCUGAAGGAAUAAUAGCUGGACCCAUCAAUGAAGAAAAUUUUUUCGAAUGGGAAGCUUUAAUUACUGGCCCAGAGGGUACAUGUUUUGAAGGUGGUGUGUUUCCUGCAAAAUUAAUAUUUCCAUCAGAUUACCCUUUGAGUCCUCCAAAAAUGCAAUUCAGUUGUGAAAUGUUCCAUCCGAAUAUUUAUCCGGAUGGUCGUGUUUGUAUUUCGAUUCUGCAUGCGCCUGGAGAUGACCCCAUGGGUUAUGAAUCGUCUGCUGAAAGAUGGAGUCCUGUGCAAAGUGUGGAAAAAAUCCUUUUAUCUGUUGUAUCUAUGUUAGCAGAGCCAAAUGAUGAAAGUGGAGCUAAUGUUGAUGCUGCCAAAAUGUGGAGGGAAGACAGAGAACAAUUUAACAGAAUUGCAGAUCGUUUGGUUCGUAAAUCUCUUGGGUUGACGUGUUAAUUUAAUAUUGUCAUCAGUAGAUAUUUUCUUGCAGUUAUUUGGUGUAACAAUUUCAUUCCGUGAUAAUCUGCAUUUCCAACAAAUGCUAAUAUGCGUGAUUGGCUCAAUUAAAUGUGCGAUUUCCAACGAAGUUUUCUCCUUGCCUAGAUCUCCGUUUAUAUACUGAAAUGGAAACUAUUAGAUCAGGAAUUCUAUUUUUACCGGCUGCACAAUAAGAUAAAUUUGACAAUAAUUAAAUUUAUCCUACUGUAAUUUUCUGAAGGUGUAUAAAUUAUCGAAAGGUGUUAUGCUAAUGUGUUUUUAGUAUAGAGGUCUUUAUGUGUCAAAAUAUCUGUGUUAGGACAUAAAUUAAAAUUUAUUUCAAAACAGA